AUGACUCAAAUCCGGAGCUCUCAGCAGACCCAACAGGCCGCCCAAAUGACUCAGCAAACCCAAGAAGCCAGCCAACCAAUCGAGGUCCCUGCCACCACCCAAGCGACCAAUACCCAGACCGCUGCCCGCCGUACCGGUCGUCAAAGAGGCUCGCAGGGCUACAAUGGAGCCGAUUGCUCUGCUUUGGUUGAUUGCAUCCAGCGAGUCCUCCCCUUGGGGAGCAACAACUGGGACAAAGUCCACGACUUAUACAAGAAAUAUGUGAUCAAGAACGGACAACUCACAUGCGACCCUGAUCCGUUAAAAACGAAAUUCAAGGCUCUAGUUGCAUUGAAGAAGCCGACGGGCAAUCCCAAUUGCCCUGUGUGGAUCAGAGAGGCCAAACAGGCCAAUGUUAUGAUCAAGGAACGGGCUCAUAGCUUGCCUUUGUUGAUGAAGAUAAUGACAAAGAUGAACGGUGUUGGGAACCCCGUUCCCCUCUCUCUGGGUGACCCUUGCCUUGGCUCAAACAUGGAGCGCACAAACGAAUUGCAGGGGACACUUCUUUCCGGCUGGAUUGCAACUCAGUCCCUGCAAGCCAACCCAGCUGAUAUUGAAGGAGAUACCUCCGAUGAGGCCGUCCAAGAUAUUGUGAACGCUUCGCAAUCGGCACAGUACUCCGCUGGUGGCAUUCCAGCUGCUAGCUUGUUGGCAACUCCCCACCCACCUGAUAACACGGUCUCACGCAAUCAAACCGUGGCUCGAGAAUCCAGAGGCCCAUCAGCAACUCCAGCUUCCCAAUCAACCAACACAGCACCACCAAGCGGCCCCACCCGUUGCUCCCGAGAACCUCAGCCUCAAGCGGGCCUCCAAGCAGCUCUGACUUCUUUUUUUGAUCCUGAAGCGUGUGAGGCCCGAUGA